ACCGUACCGGAGAGUGGCCCAGCCAGCCAGACUAGUGACAUGAGUGAUUUGGAGAGGCCGAGCUGGAGCAGGAAAGGUGUUCCGUAGGCCAUCUCGAUAGACCCUAUAAGAUUGCAACAUUCGCCAGGUGAGCGCACUGACAUACCAACUAUUGAGCACAAGAGCAUAAACCAACUCAAUUUCCACGCCGGGCUGAUGUAGCUGAUGUUCAGAAAUGAUAUCAUCGAUUGUGGAAGCAGGUUAUUCCUGGUAUUUGGGAGGCACAGCCCUGGCCUGGUACCUACAAGUGAACUGGAGACUAUAUACCCCAUAAGAGCUGUGGUCAAGAAAAUCAUCCGCAUGGUCCUGUUAGGUCCCCAUAUACGCGCCCGCCCAUGGAGACCAAGUUUGCGCAAAGAAUGUGAAUCUGCAGUGUUGUCGAUGUCCUCAAGAUCAAUAGCCAAGUUCAAACUGGCCCCGUCUUCUAUGUCGUCGCUAUGCUGUGUCUCGGCACUGUUGGGCCGAUAUGGAGUAUGCAUCCCAACCAUGACGGCAAUUUAUAACGCGGCGGCCGUCGAAGUCGAGAGAGGAGUGUGCUUGUUAAGCAGGAACGGCUGCUGUCUGCGUGAGAAGAAAAUAUAAAAAAAAGUAAGAUAACGAAGGAAGAAACGAGGGAGAAAUGGAGGCGAAAAGAGAAUGCCGAGGAAUGUAGCUAGUCCAGUCAGAAGAAAGAAUCCGCAGGUGAAUGAGAGUAUAGUGCAAUGGAACUAGUGGGAUGGCAUGAGUGAGGAAGGAGCUAAUGGAGGCAAACACUGGUCUUGUCUCCAUGGAGACACAGUUG